UACGCAGUUAUGAAUGAAUGAGCGCAGCAGCGCAUGCGCGGGAUCUGUAAAGUUUAUAAACAAGGCUUGCAUGCAAGAGGGUCACAUGACAGUCCUUUACGAAACGGGGACUGGAAGUUCUCAAACAAAGAACAGCACUUAAGACACGGAGUCCCAAGACUUGCUUAGUGAAACCCAUUCGAAGUUUUGUUUCAAUUUUUUGUUUCUGCAUCGCAUGUAUGUAGUAACAUGUAUGUAGUAACGUUGUUUAUUACAAGCAGAAAGCAGCUGUUGCCGUGAUAUUUUAGAGAUGACCAAGGUUGCAUAUCAGCCUGCGUGACAAAUAAGGUUAAUAUGUUGUCAAAGCCUGGCCAGGUGACAUGGCAUAACAUGGUAUGGGAAGUGAAGACCCCACAAGUCCCCCAAAAAGUUCAGGAAUCCCAGACAGACUGCUCAGGCAUGGAUGAGGCUUUUGACUUACUAAAGUGCAAUGAGAACCUGCCUUCCUCUCCAGGACGCCCAUCCAGUGAAGGCCACAUGGAAUAUGAUGACCUGCCAGAGCUGCAAGAAGUGCAGGAUGACCAAUCAUCCCCCGUAGUGUUCCAGGUGACCCCGGGCGUGUCACAUGAAGAGAGGCCUGGGCAGUGCUGGAGUGUGCAGUCAGAGAGCAGCUCCUCCCACACAAACUGGCUGACUGAGCUGGCCAACAUUGCCACCAGUCCCCAGAGCCCCUUGUUGCAAAACACCCCCCACAACAGGUCCUCUCCUGUGCACAUCUUUGCCAGCAGUAACAGUUUACAUUCCUAUGCGCGGCCACCUUUGGCCUCCAGCAGCGCCCCUGGCCCUGCUCGCAGUCACAUGAGAGAGCGCAGACGCCUGCGGGUAGAGCCCCCAGUCACGGCAAGCAGUGAGUCAGAGUCAGGGAUAUUCUGCAUGUCUUCGCUGUCAGACGAUGACGACAUGGGAUGGUCCCAUUCAUGGCCCUCCACAGUCUGGCACUGCUUUUUGAAAGGCACACGGCUGCGCUUCCAUAAAGGGCCGAACAUGGAGUGGCAGGACGUUGAGGACCUGGCAGAGUCAGAGGAGGAGUCUGAUGAUGAUGGUGGCCUGCACAUCAGUCCCGUUAAGAGCUUUGGGUCUGACGGAUUGAAGCUUGUGGCCUUGGAGGAGACUGUGUCUUUUGGUCAGUCCAUUCUGAAAUUAACCUUUGACCCCGGUUCCCCAGAGGCUGGGCUUCUGACUGCUGAGUGCCAACUUGACCAUCCAUUUUAUGUGAAAAAUAAAGGAUGGUCCUCCUUUUACCCAAGCCUUACUGUGGUACAGCACGGCAUCCCCUGCUAUGAAAUGCAGGUUGGGGAUUUGUGUCUGCCACCAGGACAUCGUGACGCCAUCAACUGUGACGACUCAACUGUUUUUGACACCUUCAAGAGUUAUGACUUCACCCCUCUGGACUCGUCUGCUGUGUAUGUGCUGAGCAGUAUGGCACGCCAACGUAGAGCUUCCCAGUCCAGUGGGGGCACCGUGAGCCCUGACUGUGACAAACUUGAACCUUCUGGCCCCUCCCACCACUCCCCCAGUAGCAAAUCACAGCGCCACUCCUCAGGGGGCAGUGGAGCCACACCUACAAAGUGCAAACGGCCAAUGAACGCAUUCAUGCUCUUUGCUAAGAAGUAUCGAGUGGAAUACACACAGAUGUAUCCUGGAAAAGACAACAGAGCUAUUAGUGUAAUACUGGGCGAUAAGUGGAAGAAGAUGAAGAAUGAGGAGAGGAGGAUGUACACUAUGGAGGCGAAAGCACUCGCUGAGGAACAGAAACGUCUCAACCCAGACUGCUGGAAACGCAAGAGAACCAACUCGGGCUCUCAGCAGAACUAGUGGAACAACCAGGAACGUGACAGACCCGUGCAACUGGACAGUAAGACUGACGCCACCUAUCCCACAACCUUCUGCAAGAGUGAUGCGUGAUGACACUUAACUGUGAGGCUACAUAUAAUUGCUUUGAAGAAAAAAAAAAACGUCAUAGAGCGAUAACUAAGUAAAAGGAAAAAAAAAGCUGAAUGAGAUAUAAACAAUAUAAAAACAUGUAAUCUAGUAAACUAACAGUGCUUAUAUUUUUCAUAUAUUUUCAAAAAUUAUGGAAAUGCCUUAUCCUUCCAAAGUAAAAAAAUGCUCAGUUCUACUUUCAGGUAAUUUCGUAUGUCUGUGCUUGAAAGGUGAGACCCUGUGGUGCUAUAUUUAGUGAGGGCGAAGGAGUGUAUAUGGACAAAGUCUAUUUUUACAUGUAAAAAGGGGAAUUUUAGAUGUUAGCUAGCUUGUUUUCAGCUGUUCAUAUUAAUUAUAUUUGUAUAACUCAAAGAAUUGCACAGACUCAACGUAUUGCAAAUAGACGAAUACUUUGAAAUUCAUAUUCGUCAUUGAUAUGGUAAGGGUUGUAUUCUUUAGACACCUCUCCAGCCUAGACCAUAUACUGUGUGUGUUUUUAUCUGUUUGUGUGUGUGUGUGUGUGUGUGUGUGUGUGUGUGAGAGAGAGAGAGAGAGAGAGAGAGAGAGAGAGAGAGAGAGAGAGAGAGAGAGAAAGAAUGAAUGAGAGAGAGAGAGAGUUAGAAAAUCAUUCAACCGGCCAUAUUACAGUGUAUAUGAGGCUUCUACACACACACACACACAUACACACACACACACACA